AUUGGAUUAGUUCUUCAAUGAAUCAAUAUUAAGUGUGUGUAUGACAACACAGCAUAAUCAAUGGUAAGUCAAAUUGCUAAGUUAUCGGACGUGCUAGAAUUUCUGCAGUCUGGGGUUUCAGGAUUUACAGAGGAAGUAGGGACACGAUUGGGAAAACUACUCUCUAUGGUGUUUCUGGGUGUUGUGAGCGUUUUUGCAUUCAUAAUAUUCAUCUCAUUGAUUAUCUCUAUGGCUGCAUCUGGCAAAUCAGAAUCUCAACCAGAACCACCGCCCUACGUCGUAACAACGCAGUCGGCAGAAAGCACACUCACUAGCCUACUGUAUUCCACGAAGCUCACAAGCUUGAUUUCGCAAACACCCACCACUCUCAGUCCAACGCAUGAAACAAUAGCUAUUUCAGGAACAUCAACAGAACGCAGCUCUUCGAGUUCAACCAUGAGGACAUCUUCAAGUUCUACCAGAACUUCCAAAAUAACAACAACAACAACGACGACGACAACAACAACAACAGCAGCAACAACAACAACAAUAAAACCUCAACAGGCUAUACAUUGUGCAUGUGCAGUUGACUUGCAUAAUCUGAAUAAUGACACAGUGUUGUUGAAAAAGGAAAAGUAUCUAGUCGUUGAUAUUGUUAAGAAAAUUCUCGACAACGUCGGAAAUUCGACCGCUGGUCUCUGGGUCUAUGGUUUUGUAAGAAACACGGCGGUAAAGGUUUUCAGUAAAGUUUUUGAUGAAAUGUUAGACGAUGUUGGAGAAUUCUAUCAAGAUGCUACCAACAAGAUGAUGUUUGGUACGAACUUGUCACCUCGAGAUCAAAAUCUAACUGACGUUAUUAAUAAUGGAGCAGAUCCACUCAGGGUCGCAAACUGUCUGCUGCUUUUGUCGGGCAUGAAAAAUGUUAGCGAGUCCUGGAGAAUCGAACCUCGCUAUGCUUACAAGAGAAUUGUGAUUGUUAGUUUACAAGGUGCCAAUCUCACCAAUCAUGUGGAUAGUCGGGGAAUUGCUGUGAACCUAUCCUUCAACUACACACAGUCGGACGUUGAAACAGUAUUCAAGGCUAUAGCAAGCGGUUUCACGUAGGAAAGGCGUGAAUUGUGUUUCAACAAGAGGAAUCAUCGAGGAAUCAUUGAGUCACUGUUUGUAAACGGAAAAUAUUUAUCUGAGAUCUCAUUGUCAGUUGCACAUGUAUUUUGUAGCAAGCAUAAAAAAU